AUGCUCAAGCAUUUCGACUCAGAUCGGUUCCCCGUAAUCGUGGUCUACGCUAGCAAGUGGGCUGUCUCAGCGGCCCUGAUACAGGAGUACGAUGGCGUGUACCAUCCGGUGACGUUUACUAGCCGCACUUUAAAGCCUAAUGAGCUUAACUACGGAACGGUAGAAAAAGAAGUGCUGGCGCUACUUCGUGUGUUGGAUGUAUGCUAUACUACGCUUGCCUCGCGGGAGAUCACUGUACUGACCCGACAUUCUACGUUAGCCUGGUUGAUGCAGUCUCGAGGGCUCAACGGGAGAUUAGGACGGUGGGCUGCUUUGUUGUCAAAUUGGACUAUGGAGGUGAAGAAAUGUGAAAGAGGAGAGGAAGAAAUCCUGGGCAUGUUAGCAGCGAGUAUCACUCCGAGAGGAGAGGUGGAAGAGAUGCUGAUUGCGAUCUCCCCACGAAAAGACUGUCGACUCAAAAUAUCGAUGCCUCCUCCAACGGUGGAAACAGAUGAGGAGUUGCUGGUAGCCAGUUUCGAUGGAUCGGCUAGGAUAAAAAAAGAAAGGAGGGUCGUUCAGUGCCGUGAUAUGGAAGUUACCCGAAUGGACGAUCGUGGCGGCCGAAUCGAGAUAUGUUCACGAUCUGACUGUGAAUGA